CCUUGCUCUGAACCAUAGCAUUAUAAGCCGCCUUACUAGCAAAAGUAUCCCGUUUCUCCUUAUCCAGAGCCCCCUCCCACUCCGUCAAGACCAUAGUAAAAUACGAAGCCAACUGUCUGAACAAGAAUUUCCGUCCCUCAGCAUCCUUGGGCAGUUGAUCGACCUUCAUAUCUCUCUCCUCCACCAACUCCAAAGACGUAGGAAUAGGGCCUGUCGUCAUAACGAUCCCCAACUUCCUAUACCUCCUCACCUUCUGCCUAUGAUUCUCCCCAAACAACUUUACAGGCUGCCCCAUCUCCCUCAACUUCUCCACCAACUCUUCCUCCUUAAUGUAAUCCUCUUCUACCUCCUCUUCUGCCUCCUUAACCAACUCCGGCAACCCCAGUUUCUUCCUGCGCGAUGCUUCCUCUUCAGCUUCUCUAGCUUCUCGCCGUAUCCUUGAUUCCUCCGCCAGCUUGGCUCGUUUGAUUUCACGCGCGCGAUUGGCCUCUAAUUCUUCCUCUUCGCGUUUUCGUUUUUGGAGGUGCUUUGCAUUCUUUUCUUCUUCAAUUCGGCGCUGUUCUGCGGCGUAUUCAGCCUGUCGCUCUGCUUCAACUUCUGCGCGCUUCAUAUACUUCUUCUUGGGCGCAUCGGCUGCUGCGGUAUUUGGUCGCGAUUUCGAGAUCGCAUUCGACAUGAGAGAUGCGAAGUCCAUGAUUGCGAGUUUGUUGCGCAUGCAACAAUUGCUUUGUGUUGUGGAAGAGAGUGUUGCGUUGGAUGGUGUAUUUGAGGUUGUGAAGAGGCAGAUGGGUUAGUGAUGGCCACUGUAUGAGGUCCGUAACGACAAUCCGAAAUUCACCAAGUCGCUUUCAACAACUCUAUUCGCUGGUCAGUUGAAAGAGGACGUGUUUUAAUUGAAACAGGGAAAGUUGUUGAUCUUGUCAACCUUUAAUCGCAGCAAGGCCAACUGAAAGCUCUUGGCAAGGCGCAACCCAAUAUUUCCAAAGCAUCAACUUUUUGCGCCAACUCUCUCCAACGAUUCUUCCCCCAUCAGUGUUUCCAUAAUACCCAAGAUCUGACUCCAAUUACCACUAUGGCAACCUCACCGAUCAAGGUCGACCGACAGGCUACAACUCCUUUCCAUCUUAAGUUGUUCUACAGAAAUGGCGGUUUUCACAGGUAAACAACUCUCAGCCUUGCGUUCACCAUGUACGCAAAAGACUAACAAUCAACCAGACUCGACGAAUUCACACCAAAUGCCGAUCUACCUCCACACCUCCAAAUAUACACAUGGCAAACCUGUACCCUGCGCGAACUCUCUCACUUCCUUACCAGCGCCCUUCCCUCUCUACUUCCCGACCCAGCAAUCGGCACUCGUCUAGCAUUCCGAUUGAUCUUCCCUGACACACGGAACUCAGGAGCCAGCUCAGGAAUCGGACGCUACAUGAUGAAGGAAUUGGGUAGUAUAGUGAUUGGGGACGGUGGACCAGGCAUCUUACCAGAUGAGGACGAGGCUGAGAUUGUUGCUGAUGGACAGAUGAGUGGUCCUUUGAGUGGUGAGCCCGACAAGACUUUACAGGAUGCGAGGUUUGUGAUUGGGGAUUAUGUUUCUUGUGCUAUUCUACCGCCGCUGGAGAAUGGAAGUGUGGCUCCACCGCCGGGAAAUGCAUCAAGAGGGGGUUUGGGAGGGAGGAGAGGUAUGGGAGAUUUUGGUCCUAGGGGUGGAUUUGGGGGGCCUAGAGAGAAUGGAUUCAAUGUUAGAGGGAGGGGUGGUUCUAAAGGGGGAAAUUUUGGGCAAGGAAUGGUUCCUUCUGGUGAGUGGAGGAGAGGUGAGAGAGUACCCGAGGGACCUUCAGGCGGAGGUGGAAGAGGUCGAGGUUAUGGUGGUGGGGGUUAUGGGGGAGGAUUUGGUGGAGGGGGGAGGGGUAGAUGGUAA